AUGGAGAAUCAGCAGACCUUGAAUGAUGGAAAAUUGGGAAAAAAUAAACUUUCCUUGAAUGAGAUGAUAUUGAAUCUCACCCUGGAGAUCAUCCACCUGCUGACUGCAGAGGACUGUGCUGUAGUUAUGAAGACAUCUCUUGAGAGUAUUACAAAGAGGAAAAGUCCCCGCUUGUCUACAAUAACAAGAGCAAGACAAAACCCCAUCACUGUGCCUCCACCUACCUUCCUAAAUCUUGAGAGAAACAAUGGACACCAUGUCAGGAAUACUUUGGAGGGAGAUAUUUUUUCAUCUCCAGAUUAUGAUGUGGAAAAUAAUGAGAUUGCUGAAUAUUCUCAUGAAGUGAAUGACACGAGUCGGAUUCCACCCCACAGACCAUAUCAUGUGGAGACAUCAAUGGAUCCCUCUAAUCUUGAGGAAUCUUCUGACCAAUCACAUUCUGUUACUUCAGACCUCCAUCUCCAUCCUCACAGUGCAGAUUCAUCAACACGUCCAUCUAUACCCAAGGAGUCUUCUUCGAUCCAUGAAGGGUUUCCCAAAGGAGAGAGUUCAUUAUCUUGUUUGGAGUGCGGGAAAUAUUUUAAGACAAAACCUGAACUUCAUCUACAUCUUAAAACUCACACCACGGAGAAUCUUUCAGGUUCAGAGUGCGAGAAAUCUUUCUCUAAGGAAAGCGAACUUACACAUCAGAAUAAUACAAAUUCAUGUUCAGAGUGUGGGAAACACUUUACUUCGAAAGCAAACCUCAUUAUACACCAAAGAACUCACACAGGCGACCAUCCUUAUUCAUGUUCAGAGUGCGGGAAAUGUUGCUCUCAGAAAGGAGGUCUUCUAAUACACCAAAGAACUCACACGGGUGAGCGUCCGUACUCCUGUUCAGAGUGUGGGAAAUGUUUCACUCAAAAAACAAACCUUCUUCAACACCAGAGGAGCCACACAGGUGAGCGUCCAUAUUCCUGUUCAGAGUGUGGGAAAGGUUUCACUCACAAAGGACGCCUUCUUAAACACCAGAGAAGUCACACGGGUGAGCGUUUGUUUUCAUGUUUAGAGUGCGGGGAAGGUUUUACUAACAGAGGAAGCCUCGUUUAUCACCAGAGAAGUCACACCCGUGAGGGUCCAUAUUCCUGUUCAGAGUGUGGGAAAUGUUUCAAUCACAAAGGAUGCCUUCUUACACACCAGAGAAGUCACACAGGUGAGCGUCCGUAUUCCUGUUCAGAGUGCGGGAAAUCUUUUACUUGUAAAGCAAGCCUCGUUCAUCACCAGAGAUGUCACACAGAUGAGCGUCCGUUUUCAUGUUCAGAGUGCGGGAAAUGUUUUACUAGGAAAGGAAGCCUUGUUGAACACCAGAGAAUUCACACAGGUGAGCGUCCGUUUUCCUGUUCAGAGUGCGGGAAAUCUUUUAUUCAGAGAGGAAAACUUGUUGAGCACCAGAGAAGUCACACAGGUGAGCGUCCGUAUUCCUGUUCAAAGUGCGGAAAAUGUUUUACUGUGAAAGGAAACCUUCUUCAACACGAGAGGAGACACACGAAUGAGCAUCUGUAUUCAUGUUCACAGUGUGGGAAAUGUUUUACUGUAAUAGGAAACCUUCUUCAACACCAGAGAAGUCACACAGUGAGCGUCCAUAUUCCUGUUCAGAGUGUGGGAAAUGUUACGCUCACAAAGGAAGCCUUCGUAAACACCAGAGAAUUCACACAGUGAUUGUCGGUAUUCAUCUUUCAUUGGAGAGGACAUCUAAUUAGACAUCAGAGACCCCCCCCCCCCCGCGCGUUGUAGCGGCCUGAUACAGUCCCUGGCUCAGCCCAUCAAGAAAAAAGGAGGGUCCCUGUAACUGCACAUCCAUGUGGCCCCUAGGACCGGUGUGAAAGUGGCAACCUCAGCCUGGACUCCAAUCAGGCCACGCGACCGACGCGUUUCGCUCCGCCCGUCUGAGAUUAGUCUUGUUUCUGCACAGCUUGGGGUUUGUUCCAAAUUAUAAGCUUUUCUCGUCAGCCAUGUUGACUCUGUCUUCCAUGUUUUUUAUUAGUGACAAUCCGAGCGUGUCUGGGUUUGGUUCGGUGAACAUGACAUAAACUUGGGUGCCAAAUCUGAACCCCAUUGAAGUCAAUUGCCGAAUAUUUUAAAAAACAGUUCUGUCCAUUAUUUUCUAGACUAAUAGGUAAUGAAUUGUCCAAAAAUGUCAUGAGGGGGAUGGGCAGUGCCCUGGAGGACAUGUACAAAAGCAAAAUAUAUAUAGAUAUAUAUCUUUUAGCAGAAGCCCUAUAGAAUAAAAUAAUGGGUGUUGCAA